UUAUUUUAACCGCCUGUCUCCGCAUAGUACCGGCGGGGUACGACGUUUUGGUCGCAGAAGCUGCCUCCCUGCGGCCCAAGACGCAUGACCCGGACGCAAUCAUUUGUGAGAUGGCCCAAGCCCCAGCAAAACAAAACACAACAGACCCAAGUGUUUUUGUUUCUUGUUUAAAUUAAGAUCCCCGACGUGUGCUGCACUGCUGUCAUGUCCAUCGUUGCCACGACAUUGCCUCCAAAGCAAAAUCCCAUCCACUGCCGCCUCCCUCCGCCGCUCUCCGGUAUAUAUACACGGGCGGCAGCAGCAGCCGCGGCGAUCUGCCCACAGACCCCCAUCUCGGCGUCUCCCCAGCAGAAACCCCCCCAAAACCCGUAGAGAAAAACGCCGGGAAAAGCAGGAUCGGCCGCGCGGCAAAACAGAAAAUCAAACUCCCGCUGCGCGCAAAUUCUGUUUCCACCCACGGCCGGAGCGAUUAGGGUCCGUAAUAAAGUGGUCGGGGCUGAGAGCGGGAGGCGUAUUUUGCAAAGGACAAACACAGGGUGAUUCCCGGCUAAUCAGGAUCCCUCGGGGCCCUGGCUGCCGCGUUAGCCACAUGACCACCCUCGCUAAUCGGGUUAUUACCACCACCAUCACCACCGCCGCGCGCGGAGGAGGAGCGCUCGCCACUUCCCGCUGCCCCCGCCGCCGCCCAUUGCGGAUCUGGCGCGCCGCGGCAAUGACCUCUUCUUCUUCCUCCUCGUCUUCUUGCUCCUCCUCCUCCUCCCGCGGCGGCGGCGGAUCGGGGUGGGAGGAGGGGAGGCCGCGGCUGGUUGUGAUCGUCGGCGCCACGGGCACCGGGAAGACCAAGCUGUCCAUCGACGCCGCGCGGGCGCUGGGCGGCGAGGUCGUCAACGCCGACAAGAUCCAGCUCUACCAAGGCCUCGACGUCACCACCAACAAGGUGCCCCUCGCCGACCGCCGCGGCGUCGCGCACCACCUGCUCGGCGCCGUCCCCCCCGAGGCCGGCGCGCUCCCGCCCUCCUCCUUCCGCUCCCUCGCCGCCGCCAAGGUCGCCUCGAUCGCGGCCAGGGGGCUGCUGCCCGUCGUCGCCGGCGGCUCCAACUCCCUCAUCCACGCGCUCCUCGCCGACCUCCCCGACGCCGACGACGACGCGCUCCCCGAGGACCCCUUCUCCCUCGACCGCUGCUACCGCCCGGCGCUCCGGUACCCCUGCUGCCUCCUCUGGGUGGACGUGGAGGAGGCGCUCCUCGCCGAGUACCUGGACCGGCGCGUGGACGACAUGGUGGGCGCCGGCAUGGUGGAGGAGCUCCGGGAGUACUUCGCCGCCACCACCGCCCAGGAGCGCGCCGCGCACGCCCCCGGGCUGGGCAAGGCCAUCGGGGUGCCCGAGCUGGGCGAGUACCUCGCCGGGCGCAGGAGCUUCCGCGCGGCCGUCGACGACAUCAAGGCCAACACGAGGCUCCUCGCCACGGCGCAGGUGUCCAAGAUCCGGCGCAUGGCCGACGCCUGGGGCUGGCCCGUGCGCCGCCUCGACGCCUCCGCCACCAUCCGCGCGCGGCUCGCCGGCGCCGGCCCGGCCGCCGAGUCGGCAUCCUGGGAGCGCGACGUCCGCGGCCCUGGCCUCGCCGCCAUCCGCGCCUUCCUCGCCGACCAGACAUCACACGGUCACGGCGAUGACGCCACCGCCACCGCCAAGGGCGUGGACGAGCCGUCGGCGCCGCCGCUGCUGAUGCGGCUGCCAAGGAUGCAACGCUGCGACAUGGUGGUGUGAGCCGCUGGUGCUUUUCUGGGUGGGAGAGACGGACCGGACGGAAGGCUUUGGUGGUGGAGGGUUUUGACCGCCGAUUUUCAGAGGGUCCCGGCGGCGCCCGCUCUCCGACACCGCCCGGUGGGGCCACGCACACCGAGAAUCCGAGAUCGCCAAGAGAGAGAGAGAUAGGCUAGUGUAAAAAGUGACAGCAGGAGAAGGGGUUGUGUGUAAGUUUAAUUACUUACUGAUUACUGAACUGAGCCGAAGGGUGAGUGAGUGAAUUCUUUUCUUCUUGA